CGAUAUGAGCAACCUUACCAGUAUGGGAUCUAUAUCGUUAACUAAUAAACAGCUAGACGCUUUUAAGAAUUUUCUGGAAGGUCUGGGAAUAUUCAGUUACUCGAUACAAUUUUCUUCUGGCAUGAAAAUUGGUGAAAAUUGUGCUGGAUUGAUCAUACAAGCAACCGUGAAAUGGAAUGGAAAUGAAGCUCAUUUUGUACUGAAACGUGCACCCAACGAGAGGAUCUUCAGAACUCUGAUACCGGUCCAUGAAGUCUUUGAAAGGGAAGCCUAUGUCUACAGGACAGUGUUUCCCGAGUUCUUGAAGUUACAAAAAGAGAGCCAGAUCCUCAACCCGUUCAAAAGUUACCCCUGCCUUUACAGUUACGUGGACGGGUAUUAUCAAGAAAUGUUAGUGUUUGAAAACGUGAAAGUGUCUGGAUUCAAACUUCUCCCUCGCCAUCGACCGCUGGACAAAAACCAUGUGUUACUAGUUUUAAAGCAGUACGCUCGGCUGCACGCAUUAACGCUAGCUUUGCGCGAACGAAGACCGGAAGUUUUCAAACAAAUUUCGAAGAGUAUGGGCGACGGGUUCUUCGAGCGAUAUACUCGUGAGGCCGUGCGGCGAUUAGGUGAACAUCGCGUUAAACAAGCGUUACAGACACUAGACCCCAUCAAAGACAAAUCGGCCUAUUGUAAGCUUCAUAAUUUUUCCAGGACUAUGUUUCAAAAGCUAACGGCGCUAAUGGAAAUGGAGAAUCCUUAUUCAGUCGUGAGCCACAUAGAUUGCGGUAUAGGAAAUAUGUUGUUCAAAUAUGAUGUAAAUCAGUUUUCUGACGAAGAGCGGCCAAUGGAGGUGUGCCUCAUAGACUUUCAAAUGUCUCGGUUGGCUUCUCCGGCCGUGGACCUAGCGUGCUUUUUGUUUUCAGCAACCGAUAAGACGUUAAGGAAGGACUACGAUGAAUUCAUUUUAGAAUACCACAGGUCUCUCUGCACGUUCUUGAAUAUGCUUGGCAGUGACGGUGAGAAGCUGUUACCGAUGUCGGUUCUUCAAGAGCAACUAAAGCAACACGCCAUUGUCGGUUUAUACAUGGCUUUCCUUUUAUUGUACGUUCAAUCGACUGUCAGUCAACAAAUCCCGGACAUUUUCUUCGAUACUUCCCAUGCCAACGGCUAUUCGUUCCUAUAUGACAUAGAAGACCGGUCUGUGUAUAAUACCAGGGUUAGGGACAGCAUCUUGGAUUUUAAUAGAUAUGGAUACACGUUUCCUUAAUGAUUAAUAUCCUUAAUUUUUCAAAUUUUUUUAUCAAACUUUCAAAUUAUAAUUUUUCUACUCACAACUUUCAAGGGAAACAUUCAAUGCUUCACCAAUAGUGUGAUCUUUUACAAGUAAAAAGAGUUUUUUUAAGUUGA